AUGAGUAAGAAAAGAUCUGCAUUGAAUAUACCAGCUGAGCCAGCUUCUGCCCUUCCCGAAGAAGACAAGGAAGCACCCUCAGUAGAUAAACGAGCCGCGACUUACAAAUUCGCCCGCAGAAAUCUAUCCGAAACCAUUAAUAAUAACCGUUCCAAAGUCGGUUCUAUGAUUCUUGAGUUUGAUGCCAUUGCUCAUAAGCUUGAAGACAAGACAGCAGAUGAGUCAGCUACUUGGUUAUUAUUAGACAAUAACACCUUACCACGUCAUUAUAAUAAUUCGAUCCAGCAACUCAAUACUCAUCAUCACCCCUCCGUCAGUCACUUGUUUCCUCAGACAAACAAUGCAGCUAAAACCGCGCCAGAUAACUCGUCCUCCUCUUUGGUUGCAAACAGCCUUGCGUAUCGUAGCUUAUCUAGAAAAGACGGAUCUCGCUUAGCUUCGUUGGUUCCCACAACUACGCCAGAAGAAAGCAUCAAGCGUGGUCGAGAUCGUAAUAGCCCAUAUUAUUACGUUGAAAGACUUCGAAGCAGAAAUACCACUGUUGAUGGGUUGACCAAGCAUUUGACCUCGCUAAGAAUUACAUUAGCCACAGGUAAUGUAUCAUGGAUUAACGAAUUCCUGUCCAGGCGUCACGGUGGUCUCACGGCGCUGGAAAACGUACUGGAAAAAUUUGUGACAAAAAAAUCAAAGUAUGUGUGUACGUUUGCUGCUAAAAUAUCAUGUAUUAAUUUUAAACAAAGGAAGAAAAACGGGAACAAAUUGAGUGAUAAUGAAGAGCAAUGCUUGUUUGAAUGUAUAAAAUGUAUACGUGUUCUACUGAAUACAAAAGUAAGUAGCAAUUCUUUAGCUUAA